CUUCAGGAUCAGGCGCGUCUCUGCCUUCACGCUUCUGUCAGCUCCAUAGCCAUCUGCACAGUUAGCAAGUGCAGUCUCUACAAUGUCUUCUGUUGAAGAAAUGUCCAACUCCUUGGGGGAGAAUUUGGAGGAGGACGGAGUAGAAGAGGAGAACCCGGUGGAGGAGGCGGAGAUGGAAUAUGAGGAGCCUGUUAAAGGAGGUUAUGUCUUCUACAGGGACAGAAAAGAGUGGGCGGAUCUCGAACCCGUUCCUCAAGAUGAUGGACCGAACCCUGUGGUGAAGAUCGCUUAUUCAGAGAAAUUCACAGACGUGUUUGACAUGUUCAGAGCGCUUCUGAAGAACGAUGAGAAGAGCGACAGAGCAUUUGCACUGACCGCUGAAGCCAUCGAGCUCAACGCCGCAAAUUACACAGUAUGGCACUACAGAAGAGUUUUACUGCAGGCUCUUGAUAAAGACCUGAGAGAAGAGAUGAAGUAUAUCACAGCCAUCAUAGAAGAUCAGCCUAAGAACUACCAAGUCUGGCAUCACAGGCGGAUGGUGGUGGAGUGGCUGAACGACCCGUCGGAUGAGCUGCAGUUUGUAGCAGAAAUUCUCAGUCAAGAUGCCAAGAACUACCACGCGUGGCAGCACAGACAGUGGGUCAUCCAGGAGUAUAAGCUGUGGGACGGAGAGCUGGAAUAUGUGGAGGAACUGUUAGAGGAGGAUGUGAGGAAUAACUCCGCAUGGAAUCAGAGACACUUCGUCAUCAGCCACACCAGCGGAUACUCCGACCCUGUCAUCCUCGACAGAGAAGUGCAGUACACGCUGAAACAAAUAAAGAAAGCUCCUCACAACGAGAGCGCUUGGAACUAUUUAAAAGGGAUCCUACAGGAUGGUGGUCUGUCCUCAUAUCCUGGACUGCUGGAGCAGGUGACAGAGCUUCAGGACUCGUGCAGUUCUCCAUAUCUCGCCGCCUUCCUGGUCGACCUCUAUGAAGACGCUCUGGAGACCAACAACUCCAGCCAUGACCAGCGUGAGGCGCUCAACAAGGCCUUGGAGCUCUGUAAGUUCCUGGCCGAGGAGAAGGACACCAUUAGAAGGGAAUACUGGAAUUACGUGUCCCGCUCUCUCCAGAACACAUAUGGUUCAGGUGACCGUAUCACCUCCUCUUCUGACCCGCCUCCUCCCUCCUCCCAGCAGCCCGACGUGGAGCCCAGUGACCCCUGAGGAGAAGCGCAGAUCUGGACACUUGCUUAGAGGGAGGAAGAAGAAAAACUGAGACAUGAUAGACUCUUUACCUUUGUAUGAGUGUGUGCGUGUGCACAGCCACGCUUUAACAGAAGUGCUUGCAAGUCCGAACGGCAUAAAACUCCAAGUAGCCAUAUGCUUAAACGCUCUCAGAGUGAGCUGUACAGUUACCUUACCGUGAAUGAAAUGGGCUGUGGGAGUUUGGCAGCAAAUCAUACCAGUCAUACUCAUGUUUUAGACUAGAGUUUGUUUUUUUUCAGCGGUCAAAAGUGUCAUUUAUUAAAGCAAAUACAUAACUGACAUGCUUCAGGUGUAGUCAGAAGCUUUUCUUGCCAAAGCAUCUUCUGGUCUGUGUUACCAAACUCUGCUCAGACUGUGACUGUACACGCUUUUUGUAUGUUCAGAAAUAAUAAUGAUUAAUGCUGAA